UUUGUUUCUUUGCAACUUCCAAGUUUUGGAAGUUAAGAAGAAGGAGAAUGCCACGACAAAGGAUGAACUGAAACGCGAAUGCGAGUCGCUCAUCGUGGGCCUCAAGGAUCGAGAACUGUCAUUAAAAUUAUCAAUGUGGUGCGGAAAAAGAAGGAGAAGAACACAUUGUCUUUUCAAAUAAUGGAAAAACUACUUCAGCAUGAUCCCGUUUCAGUUAUGCCAGUAAACAAAGACGGUCGAAAGAUUGAGACACCUCUUAUGAUCGCCGUGAAGAAUGGCGUGAUUGAAAUGGUGAAGAAAAUUCUGGAACUAUACCCGUCGACCGCUAACAUUGGCGAAGUGAAUGAUGAGGGAAAAAACAUAGUCCAUUUAGCAGCAGAAAAGAAGCAAACCGACGUAUACAAUUAUUUGGGCAAACAGAAAAUCCUCACUGGAAGUCUGUUUCAGCAAGUGGACAAUGAUGGAAACAGUGCAUUGCACUUGGCAGCCAGUUAUGGAUGUGAUCGUAAUUCCGAUUUUCCUGGGGAAGUACUUCUCAUGCAAUGGGAACGCAAGUGUUUUGCGUUUGUGAAAGAUUCAAUGCCGCGUGGUGUGUUCGCGAGAUACAACAAUAAGUUGAAAACCGCUGAUGACAUCUUCGAUGAAACUCACAGGGACCCAAUCUAAAGAGACAAAAAGUGGAUAACUGAAACCUCAGGAGCAUGUUCUUUGGUGUCGACGCUGAUUGCGACGGUGGCCUUUGCCACAGCCGCCACCGUGCCCGGCGAUUUCAAUGACAAAGGCGCCCCACACCAUGUAGGAGAGCAAGUAUUCCAAUUCUUUGUGGGCAUGUCACUCAUGGCCCUUGGCUUCUCUAUCAUAGCCACCAUUCUCUUCCUCUCCAUAGUUACUACUGCUCGUUACCGCGCGAUUAACUUCGUUAGAGGCCUGCCUUUGAGGCUCUUCCUUGCCAUGUCCACCAUGUUCAUCUCCAUUCUUUGUAUGUGGAUAUCUUUCUGUGCUAGUCAUUCCUUCUUGCUCGUCGAACAUGCACGACGAGUUUAUGUUUUUAUUUACAUCAUCACUUCAAUCCCAGGCACCAUAUAUGCAAUCACAAAGUUCCCAGUGUACUGGAAUCUUCUGAGUACUAGCUUAACCAAGGUUCCUGUUCCAAGCCACAACACCAUCCCUGCAUUACCCAAGCCCCCAGAAGAUAAAAAAUUGUGUUGUGAUGCCCUUACCAAACUUGUGAAAAUUUGUGAAGAUUGUGAUUGUGAGAAAUGAUUGAUCCCAGAAAUUUGAAACUUUUAUUUGGGAAGCUUGUUUG